AUGGGCCUGCCCCUUCUUCUCCCUCCCUCACUCCUCCCUGUUCCCUGGAACUGGACAGGACCUCAGCCUCCCCACAGCCGUGGGAGGGUGGCUCUGGGGAGGUGUCGCACAGCAGGGGGCCUCCCAGGAGGUGGGCUCUGCAGCUUCCCAGGCCCCCUGAGGCAGAAAAUCCCAGCCACGUUCACCUUGUUUUCCUCUGGAAAGGGGAAGCUGCCAGGAAGCUUUCUGCAGAGCGGGGGUGCGCUGGUGAAUGACAAGCCCCCCGGAGUAUGCACACUCCUGCAACCACGCUCUCCACUGGGAGUGUGGGAGGCCGAGGCCCAGUCCUACGGGCCAGGGCCACAGGGAAAAAUCCAGGGUGAUGGAAAGAGCAAUGUUCCAACAACCACAGUCACAGGAGCAGGGAGUGGCUGGGACUCCUCCAUGGCAGGCACAGAGGUGCCAGGUCUCUGCCACUGGGCAGGUGGCAGGUACCUGAGCCACCUUCACGUGCACCUCAGCUUGGACAGUCUGCCCUGGCAGCCACCUGGCCCCUCCGAGCCCAGCUGUUCCUCUGGGUCACUGUGGACGGACCCUCGGGAGCAUCUCCACCGCCUCCAGGCACUACCUUGGCAAGGAGCCGGCGAGGGCCCUCCCUGCCCUCUCAGGAAGACCAGCCCCAGCCCCGCCAAGUUCAGAAGCUCAGAAACCAGUCCUCUGACGUAGGUCCUGCUCAGCCCAGCCAGGCAGAGCCUCCCAGGCUGGGCCUGCAGCUCCAGCCAAGGGUUCUCCCCUCCUUCGGCUCCCCUGCCUCUUUCCACACCUCCCUUUGUCAGGGUGCCUCGGGCCAGCAUCACACCCACCUUGGCUCAGAGAGGGUGAGACAACAAUGUAUGUGCCAUCCUGGGGCAGUUCCACUGAGCUCCCAGCUGUCAGCAGGGCGAUGGCUUAACUGUGCUCACCGGCCUUGCCUGUGGGCUGGCUGGGCAGGAAAUCCAGUGGUUAGGCUCUGGGUCUCGGACUAGAAUUGCGGGAUUCAAAUCCUGGCUCUCCCACCUAUUAAGUUACUUAUCUUCUCUGCACCUUCGUUUUCUCAUCUGUGAAAGAGAGCCAAUAAUCAUCCCUACUUCGUAAAGCUGUUGUGAGGGUUAAGUGCGGUAAGGAGUGUAGAAAAUGCCUGCCACGCUGUGAACGCUUACCAAAUGCUACCUCUUUGCUAUCACCUGGAUUUGCCAGGUGUCCUCUGCAGUCGUCGACCUUUGGUCCCUGCAGCGGGCAGCACACAACACUAGGCAUUAAAGGGGAGAUGUAGAAAUGGAGGCUGAGGUCCUCAUUCUCUGCUCUUGGGUCCCCUUGGAGGACACCAGAAAGGACCCGCAGAGUUGAUUUCUGCUGUGCUUUGUGGCCACCUUUAGGUGAAUCCUUUGAGUGUUUUUCCUGUGUUUGGAGAAAAAUCCCAAAUUAGAGGGCCACGCCUCCCCAGGGCAGAAGCCAGGAAUUCAGGCCCCCCCGGCCCCUGCAGAGGGGAAUACACACAUGACCCAGGCUCCCCCAGAUUUGCUCACAGACCUUGCUGAGGCAGGAGACUCCCAGCAUCUCUCCUCCAUACUUUCCUACACUUUCCCAUGGAUGGUGUUACAGAAUGAACCGUGUCCACCUGCCGACCCAAAAGAUAUGUUGGAAUCCUAACCCCCAGCACCUCAGAAUGUGACCUGUUUUAGAGAUAGGGUCUUUUCGGAGAUAAUACAGUUAAUGAGGUCAUUAGGGUGGGCUCUAAUCCAAUAUGACCAGUGUUCUUAUUUAAAAAGGGGGGAAGUUGGGACACAGACACCCACAGGGAGUGUGUAGAGUACACCUAGGAAGGCUCUUUCCCAAAGGAAGGCGAGGCAGCUGCCAUGUGCUGCGAAGCUCAGCUGCCUGUCCAGGCCUCCUCCAUCUUCAUGUUUAUGCCAGAUCAUAACGAGGACUGAAGUCACCCAGAUGGGUCACCAGGAGUCCACAGGACCCUGCCCAGCAGGGUUCAGCCUGCAGGCCACACCUAGGCCAGUCUGGGAAUGGGCUCUGUGUUAAGAAACCCGAGCCUCCCAGAUUGCACACGGGGCUGGGUGUGUCCCUCACAGAGAUCCCUUUGUGCCUGGGAGAAGGUUGGCCCCGUUUGUCCUGGCGGACGUCCAGACACUGCCCACCUGCAGCCACCCUGCCCAGGGGCUCCCCACCUUUCCUCCCCAGCCGUGCUUCCCUUCCUCCCGGGGUGCAGCCGGCGUACUUGAGGGCAGGCCCUCAAGUACUUGGGAGGAGGCCUGGGUUCUGCCAGGAGCAUUGCCCUGGGAGCUUCUGGCUGGAGGCCAAGGUGAUUCCAGGGACUGCUGUCAAGGAGAGGAGAGGGCACUGGGGCGGCUGUCACCCUGGGGCAGAAUGACAGAGCAGGGGCUGCUGACAGACCCACCCUGGGUCACCAGGGACAAGAAAUGGUCAGCCACCGGGGCCAGGAGGGAGCUCUGAGGCUGGAAAGCCCUUCCUGAUCAGCCCGCCUGGGUGGGCACCGGAUGCAGCAUGAUAUGGCUUGUUGCUGGGGAUGUGCCUUCACUGAAGGUCCACAGUUUAAUUGCAGCUGUU